AGUUAGCUGGCUGCCUCAGUACCAUGACAUGGGGCUGAUCGGAGGACUUUUCACAGCUCUUGUUAGUGGUGGAACUGCAGUUUUAUUUUCCCCAUUGACAGUUCAUCAGGAACCCAUUAUUGUGGCUCCAAAUCAUGAGCAAAUAUCAAGCUACUCACAGUGCUGGCCCCAAUUUUGCCGUUGAGCUAGUCGUUCGAAGGCUGGAGUCGGAGAAAAACAGGAAAUACGACCUUUCUUCCAUGAAAUUCCUGAUGGUUGCUGCUGAACCAGUUAGGCAGAAAACUCUGAAAAGAUUUGUUGAGCUCACACGUCAAUUUGGUUUUUCUCAAGAGGUGAUGGCACCUGGCUAUGGCUUGGCAGAAAAUUGUGUGUUUGUCAGUUGUGCAUAUGGUGAAGGGAGCCCUAUCAUGGUAGAUUGGCAAGGAAGAGUUUGUUGUGGGUAUGUUAAUCCCGAUGAUGAAGAUGUUGACAUCAGAAUAGUUGAUCCAGAGAAAUGUGAGGAGCUCAAAGAAGUAGGAAAUGAAGGAGAGAUAUGGAUCAGCAGUCCCAGUGCUGGAAUUGGGUACUGGGGUAGGGAAGAACUAAGCCAGAAAACUUACAGAAACAAGCUUCCUGACUAUCCUAGACGCAUCUACACUAGAACGGGGGACUUGGGACGGAUAAUUGACAGAAAAUUGUUCAUCACUGGAAGAAUCAAGGAUCUCAUCAUUGUAGCUGGAAGGAACAUUUACUCAGCAGAUGUAGAGAAGACAGUGGAGAGCGCAUCAGAAGUUGUACGUCCAGGUUGUUGUGCUGUCAUUGCUGUCCCGAUGGAAAUCCUAUCAAUGAAAGGUAUUUCUGUUCCAGAUAAUGCUGACCAGGUUGGUUUGGUUGUAAUUGCGGAGGUUAGGGAUGGUAAACCUGUUGGCAAGGAUGUUGUUGAACAAAUUCAAGCUCGUGUUGCAGAAGAACAUGGGGUUACCGUUGCUUCUGUCAAGAUGAUCAGGCCAAAAAGCAUUAGUAAGACAACGUCAGGAAAAAUCAAAAGAUUCGAAUGCCUACAACAGUUUACUGAUGGAACAUUGAACAUUGUUCCAGAACCAAUUCUAAUAAAGAAAAAACUGAUGCGGUCCUUCACUACAGGAACAUGCAAGGAGGGAAUAACCCCUCGUCCUCAGUUUGUGAGAGGUUCUCCACUACCAAGCCCCAAGAUAAGUAAUAAAGAUAUUGUAGACUUCUUGAAACGCCUGGUUUCCGAGCAGACUGGUAUUUCAAUCAACAAAAUCUCAAAUACUGAAAGUCUAGUGUCUUAUGGAAUCGAUUCAAUUGGUGUGGUCAGAGCAGCUCAAAAACUUUCUGACUUUCUUGGAGUGCCGGUAGGAGCUGUGGAUAUUUUCACUGCAACUUGCAUUGCAGACUUGGCAAGCUUCUCGGAGAAUCUGGUAAUGAAUUCCCAACCUCAACUGUCAACAACUCCAUCCAAUGUUCCAGAGCUUGAGACUGAGACUGAUUCUGCUGAGCUUGUGAUGGAACUUCCCGAAUCUCACCACUUGGUGAUCUGGUCAUUCCAACUUCUGGCUCUUAUUUAUGUUGCUUUUAUGCUCGCCAUUCCUGCAUACUUAUCCGUAUCUGCCUUUAUGAAUUGCGUCUCAGCCACCCAUGCAUUGGUAGAAGGAAUUCCCUACUUAGAUUAUUUGACCCUUCUAACUUUUGCUCCCCUUGCUUGGAUCUUCUGCAUACUUUCUACCUGUGUUUCAAUUGCUUUCUUAGGGAACUCUUUCUUAAAACCAAACUUUGCCCUGAACCCCGAGGUUUCCAUCUGGUCUGUGGAUUUUGUUAAAUGGUGGGCUCUUUACAAGGCCCAAGAAGUUGCUUCAAAAGUUUUGGCAGAGCAUCUGCGAGGAACCGUGUUCCUCAAGUAUUGGUUUGAGAUGCUUGGAGCUAGGAUUGGAUCCUCAGUUUUGCUUGAUACAGUUGAUAUAACGGACCCGUCUCUGGUUUCAAUUGGAGAUGGAGUGGUGAUCGCAGAAGGGGCCUUAAUUCAAAGUCACGAAGUUAAGAAUGGAGUGUUAAGCUUCCUCCCAAUAAGAAUUGGCCAAAACUCAUCAGUUGCCCCUUACGCGGUUGUCCAAAAGGGAACUAUUCUGGGAGAAGAGCUUGAGGUAAUGGCCUUGCAAAAAUCUGGAGGUAAAUCUGCUGUCAAGGCUACAAAUCUUCAGAAUGGUAAAAUGCUACCAAAUGUUACGAAGGAAACUCAAGAUGCGGCUGUUUACCAGUUCAUAGGCAUCUACAUAGUUGGGUUGCUUAGUACUCUUUCAGCUUCUAUUGUGUACUUGGUCUACAUUUGGAUGUCUCAGAAGCCUCUUUCCCCUCAAGAAUUUGCAUUUGCUUGCUUAUUUGGGGCCUUUCACUGGAUACCUUACACCGUCAUAGCGUAUGCCACCAUGUUUUCUAAUGUCCCAUUAGGCAUAAUUUAUUCAUCCAUCUCAUUGGCGGUCGCAUAUUUGGCUUAUGGCAUAGUGCUCAGCUUCCUCACAGGCGCUUUGACCCGCCUUAUUUCUAGUAACCAAGAGAAAAAGACGACCCAUUUUAGAACAUGGCUUUGCCAUCGAAUCACCAUUGCCUGUCACCUCAGAUUUGCUAAGCUCCUGUCUGGAACCGAAGCCUUCUGCAUGUACAUGCGCCUUCUUGGUGCAAAGGUUGGGAAACAUUGUUCUGUCAGGGCCAUCAACCCAAUUUCAGACCUGAAAUUGAUUUCACUCGGCUCUGGUGUCCAUCUUGGUGAUUUCAGUCGGAUCAUUGCUGGGUAUUAUUCCUCUCAUGGGUUUGUUAGUGGGAAAGUUGAGGUGCAUGAUAAUUCAGUAGUUGGGAGUGAAAGUGUAGUCCUUCCUGGUUCAGUUCUUCAGAAAGAUGUUAUUCUUGGUGCACUGUCAGUUGCACCGGUGAAUUCAGUGCUCCAAGCGGGUGGUGUUUACAUUGGGUCUCAAACUCCAAUGAUGAUCAAGAACACCAUGCAUUCGUUGGACGAUAGAAUAGAAGAGAUGGAUAUGAAAUAUAAGAAAAUUGUCGGUAACCUUGCUGCAAAUUUGGCUGCCACAACUCUGAAGGUUAAGUCAAGAUAUUUCCAUCGAAUCGGUGUUAGUGGGAAGGGAACCUUGAAGAUCUAUGACAACAAAGGCCUGCCAGACCAUAAAAUCUUCUGCCCAGGAAAGAGCUACCCUGUCAUAGUUCGGCACAGCAACAGCUUGAGCGCUGAUGAUGAUGCAAGGAUUGAUGCGCGUGGUGCAGCUAUAAGAAUACUUUCAGAUGAAACUAGUGACUCUUCACUCUUUGACCUGACACUGAAGACAGGAAAUGCAUUCUACGCCCGCACAAUUGCCGAUUUUGCAACAUGGCUUGUCUGUGGGCUUCCUGCACGGGAGGAGUUUGUUAAGCGAGCCCCACAUGUGCGUGAUGCAGUAUGGACUUCCUUGCGCCAUGCAAACUCAUAUGCUGAACUACAUUAUUACUCGAAUAUAUGCAGGCUGUUCCGGUUCGAAGAUGGACAAGAAAUGUAUGUCAAGUUCAAGUUGAGGCCUUCUGACGAGAAUAUUAGUGAGGAAGCUGGUAAGGUGGAGCCAAUUGGAAUUCUUCCACCUGAUACAGGUGCAAUUCCGAGGAAUGAUAAUGAUACUCGUCCUCUACUUUUCCUUGCUGAAGAUUUCCAAAGUCGUGUGAAUGCCAAAGGAGUUCGUUAUAUUUUCCAGUUACAGGUCCGGCCAGUUCCACAUGAUGAAGCUGCGCGUGACGUUGCACUUGACUGCACGAAACCAUGGAGUGAGUCUGAGUUCCCAUAUAUUGAUGUUGGAGAGGUUAACAUCAACCAUAAUCUGUCUGCAGAACAAUCAGAACAGUUGGACUUCAAUCCAUUUCUUCGAUGCCAUGAAGUGGAUGUCAUCCGAGCUUCAUCAUGCUCCCAGAGUGCUUCUAUUGAUCAUGGGCGUUCAUUGAUCUAUGAGAUAUGCCAACACCUGAGGAACGGUGCACCCCUUCCAGAGGCAUGGAAGAUCUUCAUAGAGCAAUCCGAUGUCAAAGUAGACCUCUCCGGUUGUCCGAUGGCAGCAGCAUUGAUGAAAAAAGACACGCAAAACGUGACGCUGGAAAGAACUUCGUUUCAGACUCUGUGGGCCACUUUUGCUCAACCUCUACUACAAACAGUGCUGCCUCAUUUCCUGCUGGCGUUAGUAAUCUACGCUCCUUUGAACUGGAUGCUGCACUUGAAGAAUGCUCAAAAAGUCGCCCUGCAUUGGUUGUUUCCGUUGUUUUGGGUCUCUUCGGGUCUUUUGGCCGGAUUAGCUUGUGUUGUGGCUAAAUGGUUACUUGUCGGAAAGAAGAAAGAAGGGGAAACUGUGCAUAUUUGGAGCAUAGGGGUCUUUCUGGACACUACAUGGCAGGCAUUUAGAACCCUAGUUGGGAGCUAUUUCGCGGAAAUGACAAGCGGAUCAAUUUUCUUCGUGCUGUGGAUGAAGCUUAUGGGUUCGGAGAUUGAGCUGGACCAAGGCGCCUAUGUAGACAGCAUGGGAGCUUUGUUAAACCCGGAAAUGGUGGAGAUCGAGAGAGGCGGGUGCGUGGGACGAGAAGCUCUUCUGUUUGGACACAUAUAUGAAGGUGAUGAGGGGAAAGUGAAGUUUGGAAAGAUCAGUGUAGGAGAAGGUGGGUUUGUAGGGAGUAGAGCAAUAGCAAUGCCAGGAGUGAGAGUGGAAGUUGGGGGAAGUCUCAGUGCUCUCUCACUUGCCAUGAAAGAAGAAAUUAUCAAGUCAAGGUGAACAGGGUUUUGAUGCAAUUGCAUAUAUUUUAUACUAUGAUAAAUAAAACAGUUGCAACCCAAUUUUAGACCUGGCAAUAUGUCGUGUUUUAUCGUGCUUAUGUGCGAAAGUUUUCUUAAAUACAUUCGUUAACUUAU